CUCCCUCCCGCCCUGGUGGUGGAUGGUCAUGUGAUACGUCGGGUGCUGUCGGACUGAAAGAGAACUUCUCCAAGUCAAAAGUUUUGUACCCCUGGGAUACUCUCGGUGUCAAACAGAACACCACCAUGGCGGAGCUGAGUUUUGUCAUCACCAUGUCCGUGGUGACUCUGUUCUGGGCCAUUGUCGGAGGAAUAGUGCCGCUGUUCAUCCCCAAAGGACCGAACCGAGGAGUCAUAGUCACAAUGCUGGUGUUAACAUCCGUCUGCUGCUACUUGUUCUGGUUGAUAGCAAUCCUGGCCCAGCUGAACCCACUGUUUGGACCGUCUCUGUCCACGGACGCCAUCUGGUACCUGAGAUAUCACUGGCCUUAGUUUACAGUUGCAGGGGGGAGCACCUGGCGCUGCCAGCUCUGUGCAGAGAUGAUGCCUUCUGAAUCGCCUUAAACUCGUAUCCCUGUGUGAUUACUGAGUGGUGCCCGGCCCGGUGCCUUGUACAAAACUGAUUCCCAAAGGACUUCUGAGAGAUCUCACUGAAUGUGCUUUACUUUAGAUUAAAGCAGCGCUUCGCCUCGGUCUUGUUUGGUUUAAAUAAAUAUAUAUGAUGUACAUUGUGUUUAUGUAUGAGCUUUCCUUUAAAUAGCUAAUGUGUGGUGCCUUUGACGUGAUCUGUCUGUGUCUCUUGAUAUAACUGAUGGAUGCAAUUGUUGUUAAUUAAUAAAGUAAUAAUCAAUUCCA